AUUUAACAAUGCAGCAUUAAAUCUUGUUCAUAGAAGGUUACUUCAUACCGACAGUCCAUCGAAGCAGUCACAGAGAUGUUUAAAAAUUUACUUUUAUGGUUCCCUGUUGUCUUGUCGCUAGCAGCGGCUAAAAACUGCACCAACUUACCACCUGGGCUGUCAAAAAUAACCAAAGGUGUUGAUAUCUCGAAAUUUGAAUUUUUUCCACUCGACAUUGCUCAUGACGACGGUUUGUUGAGUCCAAUCUUUCAACUGACAUGUGACCAAGAAAAGCAAUGGCUGAGUCCUAAAGGCGUAACGUACGAUAUGCCUGAUCAGAUUUGGCAAAUUAAUUCUGAUCCCGGUGGAUACAUGUCAUCUGAAGUCACCUCCUACACGUCCUACACUGAAGUCAGAGAGAGCAUGAGUUCUAAUGCAGGUCUAGACGUUAAUAUCGGAGAAUUUGCUUUCUCAGCAAGUUCUUCCUUCAAGACGAUGCAGAGCUACAUCACCAACGAUUCUAGAUAUUUGACUGAUGUUACGUCAUUUGUCGGGGUAACCUAUAUGAAUGUCAACCCACCUGAAAAUUUGACGUUAGACAACUUUCCCGAAACCUACAUUGACACAACCCUCACUGGGACCUAUGAAAGUAACCCUAGCGCUUACAACAAAUUUAUUGAGGUUUACGGCACGCAUUAUUUUUCAACGGGAAAGUAUGAUGGUUAUAUACGAAUGUUGUUUGAGACAACGAAAGAAUAUUUUUUAAACAAAACGGAAGACAAUAUCGAGACCAAUGCUAAAGCUUCCUUCAAUAAAGCAUUUUCUGCCAGUGCUGGGGGCUUAAACUCAAAUGUAAACGUGGACGAAACGUUUAAUUCGAACACCAAGCAAAUAAGUAGAUACUAUGGAGGCGACCAGAAUCUCCAACAAAACGCUGAUGGUUUCUCACAGUGGCAGCCGACAGUAGAGAACGACCCUUGGCUUUGCUCUGGCAAGUUGAAGCCCAUUAGUGACUUAAUCAAAAACGAAACAAAAAUGACAUCCAUGGAAACGGCCGUCAAAAACUAUUUGAUAAGAAGCUACCUUGGAGAACUGGAGUCUCUCAUCUAUGCAGCUAAAAUAAAGUCUGAUAAUAGCAUAAUCAGUACAUUUUUGGGCCGACUCAACGAUCUGAAGAACAGCAAAGAAGUCAGUGAAAGUGCCGUUGUUGCAUUGUCUAGCGAUAUUGACGAAUACCUUAGUGUUCCUAAUUGGUUUAUAUCGACAACAAAAUUAUGUAUGCAUUGGUCGGGAACCUUUGACGGGUUCCAAUGCGGUGGGGGCGGCGUUACUCCUCAAGACCUUUGUGCCGACGUCAAUCAAAUGACCCCUGUAUACAAAGACUGGACGGAUUGGAGGUGGGGAGGCUGUAAGAUGCAAUGGGCGAUCUUCACAAAUUGGACCAACCCCCCUGCAUGGAUGAAUCAAGUAAAGAUGUGCUUUCAGUGGCACGCAGAAGACGAUAUUUACCAAUGCGGAGGAGAUGCUGGUGAAAUAUACUGCGCUCCGAUAAACCAAAACACUCCUGAGUAUUUUGAUGACACAGGCAGUCGCAAUGGUGGAUGCCAAAUGCGAUGGAUGAUUCAAGUCCCUGACAACGCACCAUACUGGAUGAAAGCCGUACAGAUGUGCUAUGAAUGGGCAGCAGAAGGAGACGCUUCACAAUGUGGUGGUGACGCUCCAUCACACCAGUGCAUCAUCGCCAAUGAAUGGACCCAGUACUAUCGGGAUCAGACUGACGACCGAUGGGGAGGCUGCGAUAUGAAGUGGGGCUUGAAGACAUCAUUCUAACUUCAAGACAACGUUUUGACUUUCAUUUCUAAUUUUAUUCAGAUCUGCGUUUUCUUCCUAAAGCCUGAACCAGUUGUGGUUACCUUUCAACUUAGCAAAAUAAAGAAAACU